CCCCAAAUUUCCCGCCACAUCCAGCGCUUGCGCCCGAGGCAACAAAACAACAGCACACGAUCUACGGAGGAUCGCCAACUAUCAGAAGCCAGUCCAAGAGCCCGGGCUAAGCAGCCCCUACGACUCUGGCUGCCCACCUUGCUCCGGAAAGCAUCUGAGGCGAAGGAUCAGGAGGACAUGAUGCUCACCCCAGAAGCUGAGACCGUAGCGCUGGACACUUUCGACACCCCUUUCGCCUUCCUGCAACGGCAGAGCCCCGCCGAAUUAGAUCAUGUACCGCUUGCCCUGCCUUCCACCAACAAAGAAGUGGAUUUAUAUCGGGGUCAAAAAGGUGGACCACCGGACACUUUGUGGAGGACGUCCUCUUCCUUCAAGGAAAAAGGAACCUUGUCAGCGGCGGUAAGCCACCCUGACCUCUAUUGGUGUCGGAGCGAACCCUCUAGAAGAAGGGCCUUAACCUUUGACCUCGGUGACGCGAUCGCGGCCAACAAUCUGAGCAAGUCCCUUCCAAACGCAUCCUCGGACUCUGAUCUGUCUAGAAUGAGGCACCAGAGGAAAUCUCCCUCCCUUAGCAAUGUCAUCUCCGAAUCCCACUCCAGACAGAAAGAGAACAACUCAGCCAAGUUGCUUCUAAAAGAAAUGCAUUCGCACAAGCUCUAUAUGGGGGAGAAGGUCGCACAGGCACUUUCUGGUACAUUUGAAAGCCAGACGAAGGCUGGUCGCGUAGCGGCUAGUGUACAAUAA